AUGAGAGAAGAGAGAAUGAGAGAGAAAAAAGAAAGGAAGAAAAGAAAUGAAAGAAAAGAAAGAAAGGAAAGGAAAGAAAGGAAAGGAAGAAAGAAAGAGAAAGAAAGCGAGCACGCAUCAAUAUGUGAACAUGCUGUAGAUUUGCUCAUUCUGCUGACUUUCUGUGUAAUUUUAUCCUAGGUUUUUAUUCCCUACACACCUCUGGAAGGAGCUCACUAUGACAGGGCAGAGUCUGAGGGCUUUAUCUGAAGCAAAUUUUGAAGACAAUGAAAUCAGCAUCAACGUUGGAGGCUUUAAGAAAAAGAUGAGAUCCAACACAUUAUUAAGGUUCCCCGAGACCAGGCUGGGCAAAUUGCUGAGCUGCCACUCAAAGGAGUCGAUACUGGAGCUCUGUGAUGACUAUGAUGACACCAAGAAUGAAUUUUAUUUUGACAGGAACCCCGAGCUCUUUCCUUACGUGCUACAUUUUUAUAACACUGGCAAGCUCCAUGUGAUGGGUGAACUCUGCGUGUUUUCUUUCAGCCAGGAGAUUGAAUACUGGGGAAUCAAUGAAUUCUUUAUAGACUCCUGCUGCAGUUAUAGCUACCAUGGGAGGAAAAUGGAGCCAGACCAAGAGAAAUGGGAGGAACAAAGUGACCAGGAAAGUACCACAUCUUCCUUCGAUGAGAUUUUGGCGUUCUACAAUGAUGCCUCUAAAUUUGACAAACAGCCCUUUGGAAACAUCAGGAGGCAGCUCUGGCUUGCUUUGGAUAACCCCGGGUACUCAGUUUUAAGCCGCAUCUUCAGUGUCCUUUCCAUAGUGGUGGUGCUGGGCUCCAUCGUGACCAUGUGCCUGAACAGCCUCCCAGACUUUCAGAUCAUUGACAGCAACGGGAACCCCGAGGAAGACCCUCGCUUUGAAAUCGUGGAACAUUUUGGUAUUGCAUGGUUCACUUUUGAACUGGUGGCGAGAUUUGCAGUAGCUCCUGACUUUCUAAAAUUUUUCAAGCAUGCCCUGAAUUUGAUUGACCUAAUGUCUAUCCUUCCAUUUUAUAUUACAUUAAUUGUCAACUUGGUGGUGGAAAGUAGUCCAACUUUAGCAAAUUUAGGCAGAGUUGCCCAAGUCCUGAGACUCAUGAGGAUCUUCCGCAUAUUAAAGCUUGCUAGACACUCCACAGGUCUCAGGUCUCUCGGGGCCACCCUKAAGUAUAGCUACAGAGAGGUGGGGCUUCUUUUACUUUACCUCUCUGUUGGCAUCUCCAUUUUCUCAGUAGUGGCUUACACCAUUGAGAAAGAAGACAAUGAGGGGUUAGCCACCAUCCCUGCUUGUUGGUGGUGGGCUACUGUUAGCAUGACCACAGUUGGCUACGGGGAUGUGGUKCCAGGGAGCACUGCUGGCAAGUUGACGGCAUCUGCAUGCAUCCUAGCUGGUAUCCUAGUGGUAGUGCUUCCCAUUACACUGAUCUUUAAUAAAUUCUCCCACUUCUAUAGGCGUCAGAAGCAGUUAGAGAGUGCCAUGAGAAGCUGUGAUUUUGGUGAUGGCAUGAAAGAAGUACCAUCUGUCAACUUAAGGGACUACUAUGCUUAUAAAGUUAAAUCCCUUAUGGCCAGUCUGACCAAUAUGAGCCGGAGUACCCCCAGUGAGCUGAGCCUGAAUGAUUCACUGCAUUAGAGUACAAGUCUGACAGCAGUUUGCAUGAGAGCUAUCACRAGCUAUGUUUAUAAAUGUUUUCCUAUUUGUCUAUUUUUUUUUCCUUGACGAUAAGUGUUGCUGACACUGCACUUUGCACUUGAGAAACUAAAGACAUUUCUAUUACAAGUUAACAGUUUGCACAUUUUCAUCCUGUUGCAUAAGGGUACUAAAUUCUGACUUUUCCAUGCGAAUGUUACCACUUCCAUGACAUUAGUGCUAGUGGUAUAGUGAUGAUCUGUUACUUUGUGCAUUUUCUCAUCUGAGCAGAGAAAUGAAUGUACCCAAGUGGAAUAAAAAAUUCUCAUCUGUGACACAAGUAAUGAAAAAAUCCUACCACUUAUACUGGUAUCUGUACUAGUAUAGUACUUCCCAUGCAUUCUACAACAGUUUAAAACAGCCCCCUGUGAGACACUGAUACUGGAACACUUUUACCCAUAUUGCUGACCAGCAAUUCUGAUCAUCACUUGUCUGAAAACAGAUCUAGGCUUGCCUACUCUUGAGUAUGUGUGUUAAAAUCUGGGUGUUCUUGAUCUGAAAUGUUACAUAGAAUAAUAUUUUUCAGAACCUCGUAAGCAUAGACCUUCCUCUGCUUCCAGCAGUAGGUCAAUACUGAGCCCUCUGAAGAAGGCCARCCCUCAUUUUCAA